UGGGCGAUAACGCCUAACUGGGCUCGAAUUGUUUUUCUCCUGCAUUCGUAUUAAUCCAUACUUUUGGCUAAAUUAUUUGUUUCCAACUUCAGCUACAGUGAUAGCUAAGUUUGGAGAGGAAAAAAUUGAAAAUACGUGUUUGUUGGAGAAGGAUUUUUUUGACAACCUAUAGAAAAGGAUUCGCGCUGUUCACAAUAGCACGCAAUUAUAAUGGAAAACGCUGGAUCCAAGAAACGCUUUUGUGAAUCUGUUGGUGAUUUCUUCACAUCAGCGAAGUUUCUUAUUUACCUCGGACAUGCACUGUCAACCUGGGGCGACCGAAUGUGGAACUUUGCCGUUGCCGUGUUUUUGGUGGAGUUGUACGGCAACAGUUUACUUCUAACUGCCGUGUACGGACUAGUAGUUGCUGGGUCGGUGCUGUUGUUGGGCGCCAUUAUCGGUGACUGGGUGGACAAAAACCCGAGGCUUAAAGUGGCACAGACAUCCCUGGUUGUCCAGAACUCUGCUGUCAGUCUGUGUGGUGUCCUCUUGAUGGUGGUUUUUCAGUUCAAAGAGCAGCUGGUUGAGCUCUAUAGCGGAUGGUUGCUUACAAGCUGCUACAUCUUGGUCAUCACCAUUGCCAACAUUGCUAACCUGGCCAGCACCGCGACCUCCAUCACCAUCCAGAGAGACUGGGUGGUGGUUGUGGCUGGAUAUGACAGCAGCAAACUGGCAGACAUGAAUGCUACCGUCAGAAUUAUCGACCAGCUGACGAACAUCCUGGCUCCAAUGCUGGUUGGCCAGAUCAUGGCUUUCGGAUCUCCCUUAAUUGGCUGUGGGUUCAUUUCUGGCUGGAACUUGAUUUCCAUGUCCAUGGAGUACUUCCUGCUGUGGAAGGUCUACCAGAAAACUCCGGCACUGGCAGUUAAAGCAGGACAGAAGGAUGGGGACCAGGAGAUGGUACAACUCAACAUGCAGAGAGAUGCUGAGAAUGGUGAGAGUCCAGCUGAAGCCUCACAGCUGAUGAACGAAGCGGCUGUCGUGAAGGUGGACACCAAGAAGAAACGCGGCUGCUGCUACCAGGUCACGGAGCCAUUGCGCACAUUCAGGGACGGCUGGGUGGCCUACUACAACCAGUCCAUCUUCUUGGCCGGCAUGGGUUUGGCGUUCCUCUACAUGACCGUGCUGGGGUUCGACUGCAUUACCACGGGUUAUGCGUACACCCAGGGCCUGAACGGUUCUGUGCUCAGCCUGCUCAUGGGAGCCUCGGCCGUAUCGGGGAUCUGCGGGACGGUCGCCUUCACCUGGAUCCGGAAAAAAUGCGGCCUGAUCCGGACUGGGUUCAUCUCCGGAUUGGCCCAGCUCUCCUGUCUCAUGCUCUGCGUCGCGUCCGUCUUCGCUCCUGGCAGUCCCUUCGACCUCAGUGUCUCACCUUUCGAGGAAGUCGUCCGCCAUCUGCUGGGAGACAGCGCCCCCUUGCCCCCUGGCCCUACCACAACCAGUCUGGUCACCACUGAGACACAGCUCCUGGCCAACAGCUCCACCACAGAGGCCGAAGAGUUCCCACAGAUAGAAUCCUACAUGUCAGUCAGUCUCCUGUUCGCUGGGGUCAUUGCCGCGAGAGUUGGUCUAUGGUCCUUUGACUUGACCGUGACCCAGCUAAUCCAGGAGAACGUUCUCGAAUCCGAGAGAGGAAUCAUCAACGGCGUCCAGAACUCCAUGAACUACCUUCUCGACCUCCUGCACUUCAUCAUGGUCAUUCUGGCGCCAAAUCCCGAGGCAUUUGGCCUCCUGGUCAUCAUCUCAGUGUCCUUCGUUGCCAUGGGCCAGAUCAUGUACUUCAGGUUUGCCUUCCAAAGUCUCAGAAGUCGGCUUUUCCUUUGCUGCUCUCCAGAGCAGAAGGUGGAAGCUGAUAAUCCCUCACUUCCCACCUCUGUCUAACCUAUUAAAGAGUCAGUGUCCAUGCUACGAAAAAAAAAUACUAUCUUCAGUUCUCACAGAGGUUCUCCUCUCUGGGGACCUGUUUUUUAGCCAUUGGACUAACACAGCUUUUGAACCAACACUAUUGAACUAACACGCUUUUUGAACCAACAAUGUUGGUCUAGCAUGCUCGCUUUUAGCAAACAGAGUGCCACUGUAUCUACUCUCAUUUAAUCCAGAUACACUGUCUUUAGCGAGAGCUACGGAAGACAUCGUUAGCCGUACGCUAACGAAGCCAGACAAGAUAGGGCACAGGCGUUGAGUUGGAGCCAUAUGCAAUCCAUAAGGCUUGUUUUCAGGGUACAGUGUUUGUCUGCCUUACUUAUCAGUCUCCGUCAGAGCUGUAUAUGAGAUGUAGGAGAAGGGGCCCUGUAGACAAAGUGAGAGAGUACCAUCCAAGCUCGACCGCUUUCAGUUUGGUGGUUGUGCCGUAACGUUGCGUCCAUGUUUAGCUCCAAGAGACAGAGAUAUUUAUGCUUUUUAUUUUAAAGGUUUUUCCGUAUUUAAAAAAAAAACAAAAACCUUUUGGGUGCUUAAUGCUCUUGUAUUGUUAUCAUUUUAGUAAGUGAAACAUUUGAUAUUCUACUUUAGCAUUGGUUUUUUUUCCUUUUGUUGCUCUGCACAUUAGGGAGACAAGCGUCUCUUAAAUGUAUGGUUUCAAAGGGUAUGCAAAUUACUCAUUCAGGAAGUCAGAUACAUGUGUUUGAAUACACUUUAUAUAAUACGUACUUUGCAGAAUAUAUCAGCUUCAGUGGUGCUAAUAUGUUAUUAUCAACCUUAUGAAAGCUAUACGUUAGCAUUUGCGAUGUACUCAUGUAACCAAAGUGGAAUACGUGACACGUGGAAGUGAGGGAAUUAUAUAUAUACAUCUAUAUAUAAUAUACAUUCCAUAUAUUAUUGAUGUGAUGUAACAAUGAUCAAAUUCAACAUUCAUAGUUUAUUUAGGCCCUGGUACAUUUAAACAUCCUGGUCCCCAUGGCAACGGAACACCAGUAUCUUAAGUUUGGUCUCCUGUUGAUUUUACACUGAUUUUCGAAUGUAAUUUGGUUUUUUUUUUGGUUUGUUUGAUUGUUUGUUUGUUUUUUUCCCCAUGAUAGCACUUUAAGUGAUUUCCCUUUGAUCACAACAGAAGUCCUAAAAGGCACAUUCAGGCGGUUCUUUCACGUUUUGCACAAACACACGAGUCACUUCGUACUUAGAAAUAGGUUUGCUGUUAGUCUUAGAUUUAUUUGAGUGGUCCUCUAGACUCCACCAGAUAUUCUAGGUUAAAGAGCCUUGAGGUCACCUUUUCCUAGGAAAAAAAAAACAAAAACAAAAAACGCACAGCAGCAAAAAAAAAAAAAAAAAAAAAAAAAUGGGAAACCAGCACACAGGUGUUCAAAUGGAAAAAAUCACACCAGUCUUUCCUGUUAAUGUAGCUCAGA